ACGAAAAGUAGGAGCAAAGCAAAAUAAGUUUGCUUCAGCUUCAGAAAAACACUAGAGAAGUAUAUUUGUAUAUUUUUUAAAGAACGAAGAUUUUCAAGAAGAGAUAAUAUAUAAAAACGGCAUAUAUACACUCAUAACAUCAGAUUAUCAAAAAUAACUUUUUUUGAGCAUUCAGUAUUUUAAAAACGGCCUCAAAAUUGGCAAAAUAAGGAAGAAUAAGAAAAUGAGCUACAACGAAAAAUGUGAUGGUAUAACAAAGGAAGACUGGAUGCGAAAGUUGGAACAAUUUCCAUAUAAGCAGAGUGAUAUGAAUCGUUUAAUUAUGAAUUACUUAGUAACUGAGGGAUUCAAGGAAGCAGCCGAAAAAUUUCAGUUAGAAGCAGGACUGGAACCUAGUGUAGAAUUGAGUUCGUUAGAUGAUCGCAUACUUAUACGUGAAGCUGUCCAAAAUGGGCGCAUACAGGAAGCGACACAUCUUGUCAAUCAGCUGCAUCCUGAGUUGCUAGACAAUGACCGAUAUUUGUUCUUUCACUUGCAACAAUUGCAGCUUAUUGAAUUGAUUCGUGGUGGAAAAAUUGAAGAAGCUCUAACUUUCGCACAAAAUAAAUUAUCGGAAGCAGGUGAGGACAUUCCGGAGGCUCUUAAUGAACUUGAACGAACUUUGGCUUUAUUGGCUUUUGAAAAACCGCAAAAUAGCCCAUUUUCUGAUUUAUUAGAACAGUCGCAUAGGCAGAAGAUUGCCAGCGAACUGAAUGCGGCUAUACUUAAGUGCGAACAUAGCACCGAUUCAACACCUAAAGUUAUGUUCUUACUUAAAUUAAUUCUUUGGGCACAGUCUAAGUUAGACAGUCGGGACGUUCAUUAUCCAAAGAUGGUUAAACUGGAAACAGCACUCAUAGAGAAACCAAAGUAGUUGUACUUUGCAGCAUCUAAUAUGUCGAGUUAAUGGAUAAUGAUUGGUGUUUAAAUCGUAAAUUAUUAAACGCAGUGUUUUAUAAGUUUCUAUUAUCGGGCAUUUGCUUUAUUAGUAAAAAUAUUAAUAUUGUACUACUAUACUUAUGAAUGAUGUGUAUAUUCAAAAACAAAAUAAAGAGAUUAACACAACAUAAAA